CGGAGCGGAGCGCGGCGCCUUACGGCCGAGGGAGGGCCGCGGCGUGGCCCAGGGGAGGCCGCGCUCUGGGCCGCGAGCGGAGCGGGAGGAGCUGCGGCCGUUGGUGGGAACGGGAAGAGGCGGCGGGCGGAGGGGCGGCGGGGAGUCGGGGAAGCCGAGGUCUGCGGCGGCGGAGAUGGAGCGGAAGAGCUGCUCUGAGCACACGGAUGCAGUGAGCGUGGACAAUUGCGUGCACAGCUUCCCAUCAGAAAUCACUGGAAACAAACGCUCCCGUGUCAGAUCACCAGCCCUGGGGAUUAACACCAAUCCAAGCCCCAGUGGUAAGAAGUUCCGCAGCAAACCCCAGCUGGCUCGCUACCUGGGCAGCUCCAUGGACCUGAGCACUUUUGAUUUCCGCACGGGGAAAAUGCUGAUGAGUAAAAUGAAUAAGAACAGGCAGAGGAUGCGCUACGACUGUUCCAACCAAGCCAAAGGCAAGCCUGAUUUGAACACGGCGCUGCCCGUCAGACAGACGGCCUCCAUCUUCAAACAGCCUGUCACAAAGAUCACAAACCAUCCCAGCAAUAAGGUGAAGAGUGACCCACAGAAAGCUGUGGACCAACCCCGGCAGCUCUUCUGGGAGAAGAAAUUAAGCGGGCUGAACGCUUUUGACAUCGCAGAGGAGCUGGUGAAAACGAUGGACCUGCCUAAAGGUUUACAAGGGGUUGGACCUGGUUGCACUGAUGAGACCCUCCUGUCUGCCAUCGCCAGUGCCCUGCACACCAGCACCAUGCCCAUCACUGGGCAGCUGUCUGCAGCCGUGGAGAAGAAUCCUGGCGUGUGGCUCAACACUUCACAGCCACUUUGCAAAGCAUUUAUGGUGACUGAUGAAGAUAUUAGGAAGCAAGAGGAGCUGGUGCAGCAGGUGCGGAAGAGGCUGGAGGAAGCGCUGAUGGCUGACAUGCUGGCCCAUGUAGAGGAGAUAGCAAGAGAUGGGGAAGCUCCUACAGAGAAAGAAGGAGGUGAGGAGGAAGGAGAAGAUGAGGAGGAAGAAGAGGAACAGGAUCAUGACCAGGAAAUGGAGAAUGUAUAGUCCAGGGAGUUCCAUCUAAGAAUUCCCAGAACAAACCCUACCAGCAGGGUCAGCACAACUAUUUACAAAGCCAAGAGUGUCUGCAGAGUAACUUGCACCACCAGUCCAGCUGCAACUAUGAGCAUUUUGAUGUACACUUCAGGAAAGCCAAGAAGCUGAUGGUUCAUUCAUUGCUGGGUAGUUUGGAAGAUGGAACUUGACUGAAGCUCUAUUCCCCCUCCUUUUUGUUAAGGGGGAAGGCAACGGGGAAAACAAAAGCGGGAGGGAAUAAAGGAAUGCAAAACAGUGGGAGGGAAUGUAUUAGGAACCAAACUCCCUGUCCUUUUUAAUUUGGUUUUGGUUUUGUGGGUCAGCAAUAGGUGCUACGUUUUUUUUCCAAGCUUUUCUAUCCAAGUACCUUUAAGGAUGACCCACAGAAACCAUUUUCUCUCUGAUGCAAGUGAGAGAGAUGCCGUUUCACUCCUUGGCUGCUCUGCUG